AUGUGCGACAGUAUCGAACGAGUAUUGCCUCGAACAACAUAUGACCUUGCAGGAGCAGCCUCUGGCAAAGAAGGAAGACUGCUAAUACGACAAAACGUCCUCGUCUACUUCAUCCCCGGCAAUCCAGGACUCAUUGAGUACUACAGCGCCUUCGCGGACUACCUCACCAGAGCUCUCGAGAAGGAGAACAAAGAUACUCUGUACCACUUCAUGGGCACCAGUCUCCCAGGCUUUCACGUCAACCCCCAACCAGAUGAUGAGGUCGACAAGCUCCCGUUGAGUCUGGAAGAACAGGUCGGACUUGCAGCGAACUUUAUCGCCGUCGCUGCUCGUCAUGACCAGGAGUUGUUCCGGAGGCAAUGUGAAACAUCUGGUUUGCCGCGUCCGGGACCACUACCGGUGAUUCUGGUUGGACACUCCGUGGGCACGUACAUUACGCUGCAGACUAUCGCGCGGCGGCAGGCUCAGCAGAAGAACGAAAGUGCUGCGGAAGAAGCGGACUUUGAGAUUGUAGGCGGGAUAUGCCUCUUCCCAACCAUCAUCGACCUCGCUAAGAGUCCGACGGGCAAGCAAGUCAACUGGCUAGCAACAUCACCCUACCUCGCACCAACCCUCCAAACCUUGACGAAACUUCUCACCACCAUAUCUCCCACGUUCGCUCUGCGCAAGCUCGUCCAGCUCAUCACAGGCCAGAACGCCGGCGCGGCCGAAACCACCGCAGCCUUCCUGAGUAGUAAGCAUGGCGUGCUGCAAGCGCUGUACAUGGCUCGCCACGAGCUGUUGGAGAUGACGCAUGAUAAAUGGUCGGAUGAUCUCUGGAACGGACCCCUUCCCGUUGGUAAGGACGACGAGGUGAAGAUGGACAGGCCGAAGUUGUAUUUCUACUGGGGAGCGAAUGAUCACUGGAUUGACAACAGUACGCGGGAUAGUGUUAUUGCGUCCCGAGCAAGGAGGGACAGCGAUGCGGGUGGGGAAAGGAAGCCGGUCAUGGAGGUUGAUCAGUUGGGGACGCCGCAUGAUUUUUGCAUCAAAGACGAGACAAGCAAGAUCGUGGCGGAGAAAGCUGCGGGGUAUGUGAUAGAAAUCUUGAGAGAACUGGAGGCACGGCGAUGA